AUGACAGAGACAAGGUCUUCCAUCAGAAGUUUGGAGACACAAAUAGGUCAAUUGGCUCAAAUGUUCUCUAGUAGACAACAAGGAAAUUUUCCUAGUUCCACAGAGGUAAAUCGUAAAGAACAAUGUCAAGUGGUCACUUUGAGAAGUGGGACUAAGUAUGAUGGACCUACAGUGGAAGUGAAAGGGAAGAAUACAGAGAAACAACAAGUUACUAGUCUGAUUCAAGAAGAGGUUACCGCAGACCUUCCAAAACUAGAAAAAACAAAAUAUUCUGAGCCUACACAAAAAAUUCCAUAUCCUCAACGAUUUCAAAAGUCUAAUCUUGACAAAAACAUCUCCAAAUUCCUUGAAGUAUUUAAGAAACUUCAUAUUAACUUCUCAUUUGCAAAGACUCUAGAACAAAUGCCUAGGUAUGUGAAGUUUAUGAAGGAGAUAUUGUAUAAUAAGAGAAAAUUUGAGGAUUAUGAAACCGUUGCAUUAACUAAAGAGUGUAGUGCAAUUAUUAAAAAGAAGUUUCCUCAAAAGUUAAGAGAUCUGGGCAGUUUUACUAUACCUUGCACUAUUGGAAACUUUCAUUGUGUGAGAGCUUUAUGUGAUUUAGGUGCAAGUAUAAAUUUAAUUCCACUGUCUAUAUUUAAAAGACUUGGUUUGAGGGAGGCAAGACCGACUGUUGUUAUUCUUCAAUUAGAUGAUUGUUCUUUAACUCAUCCCAGAGGUAUUAUAGAAGAUGUUCUAGUAAUGGUAUAUAAGUUCAUUUUCCCAGCAGACUUUAUUGUAUUAGACAUGGAGGAAGAUGAGGAUGUGCCUAUUAUAUAA